GCCAGACCCCUGGACGGGAGAGGCGGAGAGGGCUGGCCACCAUGCACAGCUCCUGCGGUCUCCCGGCACUUCUGCUGCCGCCGCUGCUACUGCUGGUGGCUGCCACAGGCCCCGGCGGAGCCCUCAGCGACGAUGAGAAGCGCGCGCUGGUGGAGCUGCACAACCUCUACCGCGCCCAGGUGUCCCCGCCCGCCUCCGACAUGCUGCAGAUGAGAUGGGACGAGGAGCUGGCCGCCUUCGCCAAGGCCUACGCCCAGAAGUGCGUGUGGGGCCACAACAAGGAGCGCGGGCGACGCGGCGAGAACCUGUUCGCCAUCACGGACGAGGUCGUGGACGUGCCGCUGGCCAUGGAGGAGUGGCACCACGAGCGCGAGCACUACAACCUCAGCGCCGCCACCUGCGCCCGGGACCAGAUGUGCGGCCACUACACGCAGGUGGUCUGGUCUAAGUCAGAGAGGAUUGGCUGCGGCUCCCACUUCUGUGAGAAGCUCCAGGGCGUUGAGGAGACCAACAUCCAACUACUGGUGUGCAACUACGAGCCUCCAGGCAACGUGAAGGGGAAAAGGCCCUACCAGGAGGGACCCCCGUGCUCCCAAUGUCCCUCCGGCUACCGCUGCGAGGACUCCCUCUGCGAACCCAUCAGAGGCCCGGAGGAGGCUCAGGAUUUGCCUGACUCGGUCACUGAGGCCGCAUCCAGCCCGGCAACCGGAGCCUCGGGCGCUGGGAAAACGGGUACCCCUUCCCCGGCCGCGGAGGUCGCAGGCUCGCCGGCCACCGAGGCUCUGCCUGUUGCACACACCAAGGCCCCAUCUUCCUUAGCAACCACGACAACCCAGGCCGCGCCUACCAUAGCAACCAAGGUCCCUCACUUUCCAGCAACUCACAGCCUGCCCUCCUUGGAGGAGGGGCCGGUCACCUUCCCCGGCACGACCCAGGCUCCCAGCCCCCAGUCGAUGCACGCAGUGGCCAGCGACACCAGCACACCCUCCCUGAGCCCACAGAGCUCUCCGUACCCCAGCGUGUCCCUGACAGGGACAAGCAAGCCUCUGCCCCAGGCCCAGGACGAGGCAGAGCCUGAGGCCCAGUCGCCUCCUUCCCGUGAGGUCUUGGCCUCAGUUUCUCCAGCCCAAGACAAGCCAGGUGAGCUGCAGGCCACACUGGACCACUCGGGGCACACCUCCUCCAAGUCCCUGUCCAGUGUCCCCAAUGCCUCUGUCAUCGCUAACGCCACCGGUGGGCGUACCCUGGCCCUGCAGGCAUCCUUGCCAGGUGCACAAGGCCCUGAGGAGCCUGGCAUGGAGAUGAGCUGGGGUCACGUGUGGGGCCCUCUCCAGCCGCUGCUGCUGCUGCCUCUCCUGGUCUUGGCUGUGAUUUUCUGAAGGGGACACCACUCAGAGGCAAGGCCUGCUGGGAGGCCUCACGCCCUAUGCCGAUUGUCUUUCUCCAAGGCAGAGGCCACAGCUUCCUGGGCAGGUCCUGCUCUGUGGCCCAGCAGUCGCCCCUCGCCCCAGCUUCCGGCCAGCUUCCAGGCCAGCACUCCCAUCCCUGGGGAGCUGCCCCGGGAGUGGUGCCCGUGCCCCCAGGGAGCCUGCUGUGGCCGGCUGCAGAUUGUGCCACGCGGUGCUCCUGUGGACUCACGGGCCUGCGCGCUCUCCUGGAGCCAGAGCAUCCGGGGCUUCCCUGGGGACCGGACCCUUGGUCUAUCCCAGUCUCCCUGGCCUCUCCCUCAAGCCAUCUGAGUCCAGGGCUGUCCCAGAAGUGCCUCCUGCCUCCCCCAGAAUGAAGAGGCCAGCUGCCCUCCUGCCAUGUCCCCACCCAAGAGGCUUCUUGGCCAAAGGGUCUCUGGGAGGGAAAGGCCGCAAGACAUGUGCCUCUUCCACAGUGUCCUGGAGGCGCCAGGCCUGGCCGCCCGGGCUGACCGUGGCCCAGCAGGCCCCUCCCACCUGCCGUGGGGGCUGGAGGGUGGCAGGGACCUGGGGAGCCCCCUGCUGCUAGGCCUGGGGCUGAUAGGCAGAUAAAGGACAAGCCCCACGCAGGUGGGGUUCUAGGAGUGGCGGAGCUGGGGGCAAGGGAAGGGAGGAGCCCCUGGCUCCCGAAUGAAGCCUGAGAGUCCCUGGAGUUUCGGUGCCGUGCAGGCAGGGGCCAGCCCCGAAGAGGCCAGCCCUCCCCUACCAACCUGUGCCCACUCCUCCCCCAAAACGCUCCACACCCUCCUCCCCCAACACUUUCCCCCCACCCAGAUACCAGCAGGAUAGGGAGAGAGCCAAGGCAAGGCCAAGGGCGCUGGACUGACCCAGCUUCCAGGGCCACCAGUGGGGCCUCUGCACAAAGGUGACACUGCCCAUUCUGAGACCCCAGGUCAGAAACAGACCACAGGGCAGGGCUUGGAGGAUCCUGAGAAAGAGUCCUGGAGACCCAGACACUCGCCCGGGGGAGCAGAGCCGGAUGGUACAGGAGGGCUGGGGGCCAGGAAAGAGUGUGUGUGCGUGUGCAUGUGCGUGUGUGUGUGUGUGUGUGUGUGUGUGGUGGUCAGCUACAGUGGGUGGCAUCCGUCUCCAGGUCCAAGCAGGAGGGGCAGCAGGGUCCAGGUCUUGACCUUUAGCCUAGGAGGUCACUUCCCUCUUCUUUCUUUGCGUAUUUCUUUGUUUUCCCUCCAACUCCAUUAAAAAUAAUUCCAUAACAUUCACCCCUUUAGUGUAUGCAACUUCAUGUUUUGUAAUGUGUUCAUUGAUUCACCAUAAUUUCAAAACAUUUUCAUCACCCCAAAAAGAAACCCUAUACCUGUUACAGCCACCCUCCCCCAUCUCCCUUCAACCCCACCCCCGCCAAAAGCAACCACUAAUGUACUGGCUGGUAUAUGGCUCUAUUCACGUAAAGUCUUGACAAAUCAUA